UUUAUGAUUUAUUAGCUUUAUCAGCUCACAAACCCCCUGCAGUUUGCAAGUUUAACGCUGAUUUUACAGCAAACAUGCAUCAUCUGACUGUAUUUCAGUUCUCACUUGGUAUCGCAGAAGAAACGCAGGAUAUGAUUCCACAGACCACCAAGUCCAUACGGCUGCGGCGCUGCGGACACUGUCUGGUACAGCAACCCAUGAGAUCCAAACACUGCCAGACGUGUCGGCACUGUGUGCGGCGCUAUGAUCAUCACUGCCCCUGGAUAGAGAACUGCGUCGGGGAGAGAAACCACCGCUGGUUUGUGCUUUAUCUGGCUGUCCAGCUUGUUGUCUUACUGUGGGGACUGUACAUGGCCUGGUCCGGCUUCAGUCACGCUCCCACCUGGCAGCUGUGGUUGAGGACCAACUGUGUGCUCCUGGGAGCAGCGGCGGCGGUGGCUGUCCUGUCCCUGACCGUGCUUCUCCUCCUGGGGUCUCACCUGUACCUGGUGUCCCUGAAUACCACCACAUGGGAGUUCAUGUCUCGACACAGAAUCUCUUACCUCAAGCACUGCGGUGCGGACGAAAACCCUUUUGACCGCGGAAUCCUGCGCAAUCUCUGGAGCUUCUUCUGCAUUUGGGAACCGGUGGUUUGGGAGCAUGUGUAUUUCAAGCAAGGCAACGAUACGAUUUAAUUUCCUUGGAGUCACGACUGCUGUGACAAAAAACCCAUUAGAUGGAAAUCGAUGUUUUGGUGGAAAUCGCUCCUAACUGCAGCUGCAGAACAUCUAAUCUACUUCUCCUUCCUUCUAAUCUACUUCUCCCAUUCCAUUUUGAAAGUGAUUCUUAAAUGCAUGAACUUUGUAGUUGCAAUGAUGUUUGAUCAAGCGUUAUCAAAUAGGUUGGAAUGAGCAUUUUUAUUAAAGUGUUUUGUGAAUAUUUUGCCCACAUAGAACUUUUAACAAUUCGUCUGUGCUGAUUUUGCACAUUUUAAUAGCAAACGCAGAACAAAAAGCACAAAAGCACAAUAGCGUUCUUCAGAGCUGAUUUGUGGUGUCCCAUUAAUGCAAUACAUAGAGAUAUCAAAAUGGUAUAUGCUAAUUAUUUAUUAACUUGGCUCUGCUCCUCUAAUCUCUUUCAUGGUACUAAAAAGCUGUUGGACAAAAGUAAUUGAGCUAGACAGUCUGUCAGCUUAUUGUAUAGCAGCAGAUGAUGAUGUACUGUUACAUCAGCAAUCAUUUUGUGCAAUUAUUGUGAAGUAGUUGUAUAUACUUAUUUUUAUUUUUUAGAAAAUAGACAUCCCCUUUUUAGAUCCAUUUCAAACAGGGUAAUGAGAAGUUCAUGUUUAUAAUGCAAAUAAUUUCCUAUAGCACUUUAUAAAUCAUUGGUGAAAUUUCCUUAUGCUUGUAAUGUGACUUUAUAAUAUUAAAUGUUCUGGUUUAUCUAGACAUAAUCAAUACAUAAGAAAUUAACAUCGAAAGACUGAAUUUAGAAUACAAACAAUCAAUACUGUAAUGGUCAACAUUACAGACAUUGUUUUUUGGUGAAAAACUAUAUAUUUUUAUAUAAAAAGGGCCUUUCCUAUUACACAUCAGCAUCUUAAAGAGAGAAAGAUGUAAGUGCAUGCGACACUGUUAGAUCUCGGUUACAUUUCGGACUGCCAGAAAAGUAGUUUUGUUGAUGAAUGCAGUACAAUGAAGUCCACAUAGUGUGACUUUUACCAAACAUUAGACUUUUUUCUGAAUAAUAUAGUCAUAAAAAGCAAUAAUUGUUUUUGCUUUUACUUCAUUUCAAUUUCUUUAAAUUGUUUCCUUAACUUUUGCACUUGAGUGUUUUUAACGUAUCAAUAUGAAUGCUGAGAUUUCAUGAAUGAUUUGUGCCGUUUUGAUCAAAGUUAUGCAAUUUUUUUUCUCAAUGUAAUAUUUUGAAACAUCAGUAUUCAAUAAAUGGAACAACAUGGUCACAUUGUAUUUUAUUUCUGAAAAUACAUUCAUCCCGUUCGAUUACAUUUACUUAGAUAUUUAUUUGUCCUUCAUGUGGCUCAUAGAAACGGCAAGUUUCAUUUAAAUAUUUUAGUGUCAUUUCGUUCACAGUGUAACUUAUUAGUAAACCACAUUUACAGUGAUACAAUGAUCUAGUCAAAAGUAAAAUACAGACAAACACCUUAAAUAACGAACAACAUAAUAAGCUUCUGUAACAUGACACAGAGAGCAAAAUAUCAAUAUUUAAAUAUCAGCUUAGUGAGUUAAUGUGCUAACCGCAUCAUGCUAAGACCGAGUAGAAUAUGCUUGGUCUAAUUCAGUAGUAUUAGAUUUGUCCAGAGGAGGGCUAUAAAGAGAAAGGCGGGAUAGAGCAAGUCACUGUUUGCAAUCGAAAGUCACAAGAUGUCUGCAAGUACAGUAAAGAGCUCCUUUUGGAAAGUUGAGAACUGAUCAACAAGCAACAUUUAUCUGGGGCACCAAUCCCAAAUCAAAUCCAGAUUAGGGACAACCAGAGAUCAAAAUGUGAGGGUUUAACAUGAACAUACAUCACACAGACCAAGUGUGGAGGAAUCUGCAUGAUCUAACACCGAGAAUGCACGCCGAUAGUUACAGUCUGGAACUUAAGGAGCUUAAGACGCUCCAGCCGCAUGUAUCGCUUGGAUCUACGCUACAUCAGAAAUCCUUAAAAAUGGCACAGCAUUCAGUCCUUCCAUCUAAAUCUGACAAUCAUUAUCUGUUCAGCAACAGUGCAAGUAUAUUUUGGCAUCAUAAUUCAUUGUAACAGGAAGACUACUCUUUUUUUCUUUUUUUUUAAACAGCUGGUCAGACUGACAU